CAAGACUAGAAAAAUAGAAAAAAAACAAGAAAAAUAAGAAAAAUAAAAGAAAAGUAGAAAGACGGAAACAAAACUAAGAAAAAAGAGAAAAAAGAAACAAGAAUAAAAAAAAAAAGGCUAAACGGAUUUAACUUACAGGAGACACAGUGACCAGGAGACAUGUUCAAAAAGGUGGAGACAGGCACAGUGGUGAUUACCCAUGUGGAGGACAGUGACGAGGGUGAUGGCGUCCCUGGUGGCACAGUGUCCUCCGCCACGCACACUGCUGGGGAACCGUCACAGGGGCAAGUCUCGGAGGGCAAGAAUGAAGACAAACAGGAAUUGGUUGGACGCUCUAGAGGCACGUCAUGCAAGUACGUGAUGAUGUACAACAAGCACGUCAUCCUGGGCUACCUCAUGUUAUUUUGCAUCUUCCUCGGCCUGAUCCUCCCCUACAUCCUCGCAUCCUUCGCCUUCCCCGCCACAGAGUACAAUCAAAGAGGUUCCUGCUUCCUAAACAUAUCCUACAGGUUUGACUGCCUCCCCGGGGCGUCAAGACCCACGAGGGACGAGUGCCUAGGCCUGGGAUGCUGCUACUCCAGUAACAGCAAGGAUCUGUACGCCCCUACCUGCUUCCACUCCAUCCCCUCAGAGUACGGCUACCGCGUCACGAACGUCACCGCAUCCCGGGGGGUGGUGGUGAAUGACGCCGCGUCCCGGGAUGGGCCUAAAGUAAAGGGCAGGAAGAUGUAUCGGCUGGGCAAGGCGGGGGACAUUACUCUCAAUCUGGGGCCCAUCAAGGAUAAGACGAAUUUCGGCACCGAGGCGUGGUCACUGAGUGCCCGGGUGCAGCGAGGCGGAAGUGACGUGGUGAGGGUGUUGGUGUACAGCCCGGAGCAUGAUGACUUCCUCAAGGAUGACUUCGCCGCAGAGCCCGCCGCCUCCUACCAGCUGGACGUGGUGGUGACGCAAGACCUGGACGGGGACUUCAACAUCACGGUGACGCGCCUGGCCACAGGGGAGGUUGUGCUGGAGACGAUCUUCGGCCCCAUGAUCUACGGCAGGGACUUUGCCGAGCUGACCACCCGCAUCCCAACCCAGCAGCUGUACGGCCUCGGUCUGAGGAGGAACUUUGACUUUGAGCCCAACUACAAAUACAGGGCACGCUGGCCGCUCUUCACCCGGGAGACGACUUACGAGGUGGACAACACGACUGUCGCCUCAGGGAACAGCGGCGCCCACCCAUUCUACAUGAACUUCGAGAGGACCCCGGGGUACAUGUACGGCUUGUACCUCAGAACCUCAGCCCCCGUGGAGGUGGGUGUGCUGCCUAUACCUGCCGUGGUGUUCAGGGGCGUGGGUACCUUAUGGGACCUCCGCAUCAUGGCAGGACCCACACCAAGGGACGUGACGCGGCAGUACACGAGUAUGGUGGGGCGCCCAGCCAUGCCGCCUUACUGGGCCCUGGGCUACCACCUGUGUCGCUCCGGCCCAGCACCUAAUGACUUCUCCGUCUAUGACGGUGUGGUAAAGGGCAUGAAUGAGACCCAGCUACCGUACGAGAGUGACUGCAUUGACGCCAGCCUCUCGCAGUCCUUCGCCCCGCUCACGACGGAGGCGCAGGAGAGGGUGACGGCGCUACAGAAGGAAGGGAGGAAGUUCAUGCUAGUACAGUACCCAUACGUCAGCCACAGCAGCGCCGCCUACAGUGACAGCGAGCAGUUUCUCCUGAAGCACAAUGACUCCUCUGACUAUUAUGGGAAGGUGGAAGGCCAAGCGGUCGGUUACCCAGACUACGUAAAUGAAAAUGCCCUACCCUUGUGGCUUAAUCAUUCCACCCAAGUGAGGGAGCUUUAUGCCAACGCUGAUGGGGUGAUGCUCCUCAAUAACACACCACUCAACCAGGCAGAGCUCAACUACACGCUGUGGAAUGCCUCGGAAGUCAUGUGCACCCCUGACACCCCUGGAGCCUGCUGUCCCGACCCUGCCCUGCCCUUCCUUCCUAGCGGCGUGGAGGACGUCAACAACCACUCCCUCUGCGUGUCCCUCGUCCACCCCUCCCUCGGCAACACUCCCCAUCUCCACCUCCACAACGCCUAUGGGUACUUCCACCAUCGCAGGAUUAAAGGACUUAUGAAGGAGAUCGCCCCGAAGAAGCGCCCCUUCGUCACCAGCCAGUCAACGCAUCCUGGGUCGGGAGCUGAGGGCGGGGCCUUUGGGGAGAGCUUCGGAGGCAACUUCAUGGAGCAGAAGGUGUCGCUAGUGCAGGUGCUGGAGUUGGGCCUGUACGGGGUGCCUCUCGCCGGGGUGCCCAUCUGUGGCAGCAGGAAUGAUACGAAGGGUGAGCUGAAGAGUGAGUGGUGCCUCCGCGGUCACCAGAUGGCUGCGUUUUGGCCCCUCAUGGUGAGUCACUACGAGCACGGUCACGAGGCAAGGAACCCCACUGACUUCGACAAGGCCUUCGCUUACCACCUCGCAGUGUUCAUCAGGAUGCGGUACGUCCUCCUGCCCUACUUUUACACACUCCUGUACGAGGCCAGCCUGGAGGGGAUACCCAUGGCACGCCCGCUCUUCUACGAGUUUCCUGAGGACGAGGCCUCCCGCGCCGUGUCCACACAGUUCAUGGUGGGAAGCGGCCUGCUGGUGAGCCCCGUGCUGAAUUCUGUGGGGGUCCAGGACAGCAUAGACGCCACGCUGUACUUCCCGCCGGGCCGCUGGUACAACUUCUUCUCUGGGGCAACAGUGGCUGACAGCGUGAACGGAACUGAUAUCGUGAUUCCCACACUGCUUGCUGACGUCAAUGUGUACGUGAAGGGCGGCGCCAUAAUACCGCUACAGGGUAACUUGCACGACUGGGUCAAAACCACGGAGGACUCUCGGCAGGUCAGCUUCACGUUCCUGGUCGCUCUUUGCUGCAACGAUUCCUCCUCCUCUCCCUUUGACCAGCCCGAAGUGAUGGCACAAGGGUCAGUGUUCCUGGACGACGGUGAGACACCACACGAGGUCGGGGUGGACGUGAAGGCCGAGCACUUGCAGAUGGCAGCCACGCAGGACAAGGUGACGAUAACCCGCGCUGCUCCAUCUGGCGGCGGGACCGGUCUGUGUUCCCCCGCCACCUCUUACUCCACGGUGAUCAGCGGGAUAAGAGUGUUUGGCUUAGCUUACAAAGUGGAUAAGGUCACAGCGAACGGAGCAGUGAUCCCUACCAAGAAUAUUCACCAGAACAUGGACACUGGAACGCUCGAUAUCUCGCAGGUGGGGCACGACUGGUGUGUGGCUGCCUCUCUUGUGGUGACAUGGGCGGCGUCAGACCUGUAGGAGAACAAAAUAAAAGCAAAACCUGUACUGUUUAAUAUUUGGCGAGGAGUGACAAACAAGGAAAAUGUGUAAGUCUCAUCUGAAACUAGUCACUUUGCGCUAUUGUGAUAGAAGUGAGGUAGAUGAACAAAGAAAAAAAAAAAUACUGAGCAUCUCUUGUGGAAAUACUUUGAAGAGACUGAGAAAUAGAGGAGUAAGUUCUAUCUGAAGAAACAAACAAAAAUUAUAUAAAAAGAUGCGAUGAAAGUGAGAUAGCAAUCCAUUAUCACAAAACUGUUACGAAACUUCGAUGAAACAAAUAGAGGAGGACGUAAAGCACUUCUAAGCAGUCCAAUCAAUUAAUGAAGAAACUCAAGCUGGAAAUUAUAACACCGCUUCAGAAUUCCCACAUUUAUUUCUUCCACUAAGUGACUGGAAAGGGAAAGGUCAACUGGAGACUUUAACCUUUGGGAGUUCAUGAAGAGAGCCAGCCAGUGUGUGAUGGUUAUAACCAUAAGAGAUUGAAAGUAAAAGGAAAUGUUUCAAGACAAGAGAAUGCGAAUGGAAGCCAACAACCUCUGGGAGGAGUAAAAGAAAAGAGUAAAUGUCAAGAUAAGAGGAAAGAAAACAGAAGCAAAGCGCGAUAAGAGAAGAAAGAAAAUGAGGAAGCAAGGAGGAAAUAUGAAAAAAAACUUGGUAAAAGACAGAAAAUUAAAUAGAAAGCAAAAUGGAAAUAAAAAAGAAGAUAAAAAGAAAGAUAAAACAAAAGAAUAAAAAAAUACGUAAUAAGGAAAUGAAGAGGAAGAAAAAAAAGGAAAAGACAAGAAGACCACUAAUUAAAUAAGAAGACCCACCUGCCACCUUCGUCCUCAUGUCAGGUGAAGACUCCUUAACCUCUCACCUUUCGUAGUAGCAAUUAAUAACCUAGCAACACCUUCACCUUACUUAUUUACCUUGAUCACCUCGUAGCGUAGUGACCUGUACCACUUCCCACAGAACCUCUACUUGUGUUAAUCAUUCAGGUGUAAAUAGUAAUAUGGAUUGUCAGGUACGUACAGGUAAGCUCAUCUCACCUGGACUGGUCACGUUUACAAGUUAUUAAGAGUCCGUUGCAGUUAAUGAGUUUUUCUGUUGAUCUUUUUUUAGUGCUUUUAUUACGACAAGGUUACGAGGUUCUGUGGCGAGGCGCAAUGACCAAUGUAGAUGAGUCAGAUAUUUGAAUGAAAAGUGUAAUUUGCAUGCGAUUCCUAUUAAUACUGUUAUGCAACU